AUGUUUGUUCCGAUAUUUGUUGCUCUAGUAGCAGCGAUCACUGCCUACCUACGCCUAGUACCCACGGCGUUGAUUGACGAACCCUCUGUUACUCAAAUACGGGCUCUUCGAGAUUAUGUGGCCAACGACUUUGCCAUAGCUCAGCCGGUUACGGUCAAAUUUUACGACACUGGCUUCCGUUUUCCCGACCUAGUGGAGGCUACGCAGCGCCAGCUCGAUCACCACUUGAAGUCUCGUGGUAUUCCAUACAAAUAUCCGUUGGUCGACGAGCUUCCGAAAAGUAUACCCAGAUUCACUGGCAACAAGACGGUGACUAAAACAGCAGAGAUUUUUGUAUUGACGGAUGAUGACGGAUCGAUCGAGACCAUGCUGGCGCAACCUGCUGCUAGUACAGACCCAAUUGACGUUUCAAAACCUCCAGACCCGGAAUUCACCUUGGAUAUUGCCUUGGGCGGAAAUGUUGGAGUUUGGCUCGAUCUGUACAAAUUCAGAGCCAUGAUGACAUAUGAUUUGGAAGCUAUCCAUGCGAACGAUUUACCAUUUUACUUGGCUCAGACUAUCCUGGACCAUCUCUGUGAGAUUGACUUCAACGCACACAGCAGGCUUCUGCAUUUCGACUUUGAGCUGUAUACUCCAGAAAUAACACUUAAUAUUGUUGCUGCAGAAGACAGAGUUGAGAAGGAUUCCACCGUGCUCGAGGAUGCAUUAAUGGAGCUGAUUACCAAACAUCUAGACGCCAUACGCCCGCUCGUGAACAUCACAGCAAAAAUACACCCGAUCGACGUUACAAAAAACAAAAUUCCCAACAGCAUUAUGAAGAAUAAUACUGAGCAGCUCACAUUUAUUUAUCUGACAACACUUGAAGGGUUCUUGCUGCAAAUUGGAGGUGCACAUGUAUACCACCUUGCACGGGACAAACCCAAAGAAAUUGUUGGGGACACCUACGGGACAGAGUACCUCGAGGCUCAGAAGCUUAAUGAAAAUCCUCGCAUAAAUAUCACAGACUUUCUUUCCUCAAUGUUCAAUGUGGUCGAGACGCGGGUCGGACUUACAGAAAACUGUUCAAACAAACACCUCGAAGUAUACUUUACUGCCAAGGCAUUCACCAUAAGAGGACUUUAUCUUGCUUUGGACGCCAUAGCAGAGAACAAAACCGCAGAAAACCUUCAGCAUUUCAUUACCAUUUGUCAGCUCGUUGACACCAUUUUGACCGAAGAAAAACACGAUUGGGCUGAUCACCUAAAGCAUGUUUCUAAAAUUUAUAAGAGCAUAUCAUCAAAUGUAUAG